GACUUAUAAUGACUUUUAUCCUUAGAUUCUUAACCUAACCUAUAAAUAAAGCGAGCUGUUAAAGGCGUUUUUUGAAUUAGAAUAUUCAGUGUUUCUUUACUAAAUAAUGCAGUCGUGAUGUCGGAAAAGACUCGAGAUUAAUUCAAAAAACUUACGUAAUUCGUGUUAGGUUUUUUCUUCAGAUUUUAAUAACAUAAUGGAUCUUCAUAAGCCUGUCGAUUUUGGAAAUCGAACCUUUGAUGAGCUAUCACAAGAAGAGAAAUGGAGGGUAGAGCAUCAAAAAAUGCAUGAAAAACAUGAAGGGCACGAUAAAAUGCACGCUGAAAUGGUAAUGAUAUUAAUAUUUACUUUAGUAGCAGCUCAAGUAUUAUUAAUCGAAUGGAAGAAAAGACAUUACAGGUCAUAUUCUUUGAUCACAUUAAUAGCACUGUGGAUUAUACCAAUGGUUUUAUGCCUUAAAAACAGAUGGUGGCGUUUUGUAUUCAUAUGGUUAGUAUUCUCAUGUAUUACUGGAUUGAUAAUGCAAAAGGCAAUGAGAAAACCCAUUAAAGGCACAACACCCAGGUAUAUUCAUAAGUAUUUACUGAAUAACUUACUCUUAUUGCAAGAAUACUUUCCAUUUUCCAUUAUUCGUAAUGAAUUAAAUCAAAAUGAUGAAAAUAACCAACUGAGUAAGAAGAAAGUUCAAUUUAUACAAGAAAAUUCAAAAAAGACCCCAAAAACCUUAGAUAAGCAGAAAGCACAUCAGGACACCAGUAUUCAACAGAUCUCCUGCAAUGACAUUUCUGACUCUGAAGAUGAAAACCAAAUUGAAGAUCAGCCUGUCUCUAAUACAUCAAUUGAAAAAGAUGAAGAUAAGCAAUUAGAUGAGAAGGAAGUUCAAGCUUCACAAGGAAAUUUUAAAAGAACUCCAAAAACCUUUGAUAAGGGAGAAUUUAUUAAAUCAAAAUUUCUUGUUGAAAUGCCUGCUGAUUUUUACCAGUUUUGGGAGUAUUGUAAGGAUUUAAACAAUGAUGAUCCAUCUGAUGCCCUCAAAGAUAUGAGUUUAAAAUUAGUUGGUCCCUAUGAUGUUCUAGCUGGAAAGUUUUCUGAUAUUAUAGAACCAUCUUCAGAACAGUAUUUGUUGCACUGGAGAUAUUAUUAUGAUAUUCCAGAGUUUCAAACAGUAAUAAAAGGAGAUGACUCCUCAGGUUUUCAUAUUGGUUACUUUAGGGAUACUCCAAAUGAUAAGCCUGUUUUUAUGGCUAAGAAUUCUGCUGAAAAGAAUGGAGAAAUAACUUGUACAGGAGAUAACAUUUUUGCAGCUGUUUUGUGAGAAAAAAAUAUUCAGAAUUUAAUAUAUCCUUGUAUUCAAUUAAUGUUGAA